ACAUGACUGCCGCUACCCGCUUGUCAUCUAAAUUAAAUAUCAUGGCAUUAUAAUACUGUAUGUUGGAUAACUCAGCUCUGCAAACGAGCUACUACGUUCGCAGCCAUGGCGGGACAUAGAAGAUGCUUCUUGCUGCAAAGUGUUUGAUUUGACGGCUUUUGAAGGCAUUUGGUUGACAUGCUCGAUGGUUACACUGUGAAUUUUAGAAAAACUCUAGUAUUGUCGAGUAUCUACCGGAAGUUUAAUGAGUGAUAUACAUGCUAUUUUGGCCAGGUGGGCAAUGUCUCCGGUCGACGGCACGCGUGUUUGAGUUGGAAUUUAGACCAGGGAAGGUGUUCUGAGCGUUUUCACACCAGAUAUUAUGUGGCACCGUAAGAUAUCGUAACCCUUUUAAUCACGAUGUUUUCUUCGAAUUAAACAAGUAAUAUUUCUGCUGGCGUUGGGUAGGUAGUCUAUCCGAAAUCGAAGGACAAGAAAACACCUGCAUCACAUGGGGAUAUUUUUAUACCGGUCGGUGGCUCUAGCACUGCACACUCCCCUUGUCUGUGGCACCUCAAACGCCAUUGAAGUUGUCAGCAACUACUCCAACGCCUAUGAGGACAUCGCCCUUCUGUGCAGAAGAGAGGAGCUCAAGUUCGGCACCUGCCUCAUUAACCGGCUGAAAUGUUACUAUAAGAAGGACUGUGGAAGGGAGUACAUGUUGAUGAAACUAAUCUGCUCAGUUCUGAUGAAAAGGGUCAAGGGGAUUUGAGAAGUGCCACUAAUGGCUGAAGUUGGGUUUCUGCCUCCUGAGCUGACAUGAAAGAGUUCCACCCCGUGUAUUUAAAAAUUCUAACGGGUUGAGGAUUAAAUAUUAAACACUGCAGACUUGAGAAUCUAUUCCUCCGCUGAGGAAUGAAAAUCUUGGGAGUGUUCCUGACCUGCGGUCCACAGAGAGUGAGCUCGAACCAGAGCAGUGCCCAUGAGUACCCAGACUGCCGUGAUGGGGGCAGCGAGGCCAGCCUGCUGGUGUCACCGCUGGUGGUGGCUGGCAUCGUCAUCGGCCUGGUGCUCUUCCUGUCCUGCGUUACCAUCAUCGUGGGCAGCCUGCGCAAAGACAGCCGUCUGCGCAACCCCCACCUGCGGGCCAGCUAUGCUCCGGAUGGCUUUUCGUACGGCGGCUCCAUCGGGGAGCUGAGGUCAACGUGUAUCGAGGAGUUCCCUCCAGCGUUUGACUUUGACUCCUACGUGGAGACUCUAUCACAAGUCAAUGUGAUGUAUCCAGACUCCCCGCCUCACUAUGAUGAAUGUAUGGGACCUGGUGCGACACAGAUAUAUGUCCCCACAGACGACCCUCCUCCGUAUUCCCUCACGGACCCCUGCCAGCGGGGCCACCAGCAGGCCACCUACACCAGCCUGGAGAUGGAGGAGCCGUCUGCUGGAGCUGGAGCCUCUUGGGUGUCCGCCAGCAGUGCCGCCGCCUCCCACUACCCAAUCGGACUACACGAGCUCCGGCAGCAGCCAAUAUCCUCCAUCUCCCUGUCAGCGUUCCCCCUGGAGGAGGCGCCCCCGUACGAGGUGGUGGUGAGCAGGCAGAACCAGCCCAUCCCUCUGAUGCCCAUGGACCUGCUCAAACACCCCUCAGAAGACAGCCAUAGUCCCCAGAGAGCCCGGGCUGUCGCACACAGGAUCCUGUAGAGCUGACUGGGCUAGUCCUCUCCAAUGCUCUUUGUGCAGACAGCCACACACACACACACACACACACACACACACACACACACACACACACACACACACACACACACACACACACACACACACACCUCCCAGUCUGAGUAGGACAGCCUAACUCUCUUCUGCUUCUUCCAGUGUCCCUUUGUGCAUGACAGGCAGUAUCAAAAGAGAAUUACUUUCUGGACCGAAGCUGAAAGUUUGGGUUGAACCUGAACUCAGUCUGCGCCUUCCUCUCCUUCCCCUACCUCUUGGAUAAGCUGUGUCCCCCGACUCUAAGAUGUUACCCGCACCAAUCCUCACUCUAUCUCCCUUUACUACUGGGGCACUGCCAUGAAAUCACAGGGCUACUACUGGUAAACUGGGGCUGGAAGUAUGGUAUUUCUGUCCAGAAGGAAUUCACUUCAUACUGUACAUUGGUCUUAGGUUAGGAGGCAUUCAAACAUUUAGGAAGCAUUAUCAAAGUCUGUUUUUAGCACACAAAAAAACAGUAGAGUUAACCUGGAGUGGUUUCACAUAGAUAUUCUGUAUGUACUGUUGGUUUUUGUUGUGUUGUAAUGGAAUUGCUCUUGAUAGAAAACACCAUAGAAAGAAUGACUCAUUUCACAUUCCAUCACAUAUCCAUAUGGUUUGAUUAAAAUGUUCUACAUGAAAAUAAUAUUUGAUUUAUAUUUAGCUGACUUUAGGACUCCCACAGUCUGUAAAAUGUCCAGUAAUUUCAACUGCUAAAUAUACCCCAGUGUUAUACACUCUUAGGAAAAAAGGUACUAUCUAGAACCUAAAAGGGUUCUUUGGCUGUCCCCAUAGGAGAACCCAACACUUUUGGUUCCAUGUCGAACCCUUUCCACAGAGGGUUCCAAAAUCCAAAAGGGGUCAACCUUGAACCAAGAAGGAUUUGCCUAUGGGGACAACCAAAGAAAUCUUUUGGAACCCUUUUUUCUAAGAGUGUUGGUAUUUUUUUAAUAAAUUAUUUUUGUGGUAUAUGGUUUUAUAUGGUUUCUGGAUAUAAACAUGUUCAUAUGAGCUGGAAAUACUGUCUAUUCUCUAUAAUUAGGUUUCCCCUCUGGGGGCUGAGGUCCAUUUAGAUCCCAACUGUUCUGUUUCAGUCUCCAAACGUGCACUGCCACACAUUCCUCUUCUCUCUCUCACUACUCCUCUUUUGUGAAGAGCUUUUUUGGGUGUUCACAAGCUAAAUUACUAUGAACUUGACCCAUUCGCCAGCUAACAUCAAAGUACAAUAUAGCUUGUAGCAGAGAUACAAUGCUAUUUGACAAUUGGUGGGAAGGAAAAAUUAUAUUUGCACACAGUUUACUGUGAUGAGGGAUUUACUAUACUUUAGUACUGACAUCUUUGAUAUUAUAAUAAAUAAACAAUUCAUUUUUUUUCCUAAAUAUUAUUCAGCCUAAACACAUUGUAUUUUUCAAUAUGCUGGAAUAUUUUUAAUGCUUCCAAAUUAUUAUCCAGUAUUUAGUUUUUGGUUGUGAGUAUUCAUUGUACAGAUAAACUGUCUUCAGUUGAACUGUUUUUACAUGUCUGUCAUCCAUAUAUAAAUGGUAUAAAAAUGACUGUGCCUGCCAAGCACUAAGUCUAAGACUGUUAGACUGCGGCUAACAUUGUAGCCACAAUAACUUGCAACUGAUUAACAAAUCAAGAGCUUUCCUUUUCCUAAUAGCUUGUUAUUUUUCAAGGCUUGUGUUACUUUGCUAAGUUAUUCAGAUAAGUCUAUGUUCAUCAUUGAAACCCCAGAUAAAGCACUCUCAGCGGAAAAUAUGACAUAGUGUCCUUAUUUUGUGUAUAAAACCGUAUUUGUGGAGUCAAUGACCCCCUGUCACCUUUGCAUUUGGCCCCAGAACUUGGUAUCUCUGUUCCAGCCCCCCUCUCUUUCUCAUAGUCUCCCUAAUUUAUCUUACCAAAUCCCUUAUUGUGAAGUGAUAUCCUCACUGAUGAACCCUUAAAGAAUAUUUUAUAUAUGAAUUAGUCGCAUGAUUGCAUUGCUGGCAUUGUGGAUAAAAGUUAUAAAGAGAUGAGUAUUUAUUUAGAAUAGCUUUAACAAUAAUGUGUAUAACUGUGGAAAGACUACUAUUAAAUAGUUGUUGUGAGAUUCACCAGAAUGUAGAUGUACUACAACACAGAUGCUUCGCACUAGACAGAAUCGUCUAAAGAUUAAAGAUCAACGGGUUAUUUUUCUUGCGUUACAGUCUUGUGCCAAUCAUCAUCGAAUGGAUUUGACUUUGAAGAGAGUUUGUUAAAUGGCUUUUAAAAACCAAAUGCUGUUCUCGGCACUUGUUAAUACAUAGUCUAUUUGUGGUCAGAAUUGUCAUGUCAAGCCCUAUAAAUAAAACAAUGUUUGGGCUAAAAAUGAUGUGUUAAUAACUUGACAAUGAGCAUUUAUGCUUAUUAUUAUGUAGCUACUGCAAAUCUAGCGAUGCUAUACAAUGAUAAUGAUGGGCUUGUGUUUCAUCAACUGAAAUCUAAAAGUGCAAUGCAGUGAAUAGUGCAACGUGUUAGAUUGUGUGCAUCGUGACACACUCAGAGUCAUCUAGAAAUGCAACUUUACCUGCCUUUACAAGUCAGUAGAAAUGCACUGUAACUGUGUUGGAAGACCUAGUCCAAUACCUGUUGAGGUAAAACUGCAAUGCGGUUCACUCUGGUCUUACAUGCUGUUUUGUCUUUGUCGUUUACUUCAUUUUGGUAGCCCAAUAGGUACAUGUCCAACAUAAAUGUGAAAUUAUGUGUAAUACUGUACGUGUACACUUCCAAUGUAUAGUUUCCCUAUAAGUCCCACUGUUGUGCACAACUGUCCUGUGUGACAAAGAUUAUUGUUUCCUAUAAUCACAGUCAUCAACGUAUAUCCAUGUUUUGUAUUAGAGCUUUUAUUAAUUUCUUAUAUUGGGGAAAGUAAAUAAAUUUGACCUCUAUGA